UCACAUCUGCUGACAAAAAGGAGUGUCAAAUUAAGCUUUGACGAAAAACAGACGAAGCCUUAUAGUUAAAGACACAUUUAUUCGAUUUUAUAUUUAUUUAGUUAUAUUACUGUGAAAACACACUAGGCCUCUACCAACACACAACAAUAUUGUUUGGUGUGUUCUGUUUUUAUUAUAAAUUAUAGCGGUGCAUUUUUGUAGUAAAAAAUAAGUUUAUAAUCGUUACUGAACGGGCUACAUCCAAUUCUACUCACGGCUGUUGUUUAUCUUGUGAAGUCAUGGGCAUUGGCGACCCUCUCGAGAUUUCAGGUGGUGAGUUAGUUCACAUUUUGCGGACUCCCUGUGACUUCUUCACGUCCGGAGGAUGUAUCGUGUUGGACUGUCGGCCUUUCCUCGCCUUCUCCCGGUCGCACAUCAUCGAGUCUCGCAACGUGAACUGGAACUCAAUGCUGAGGCGCAGAUCCAAGAGCUCCGUGGUGUCUCUCGAAUGGCUGGUGGCCGAUAAGUCGCUGCUGGCCCAGCUACGGAACGGGGACUUCUCUCCGGUGGUCGUCCUGGAUGAAAACAGUCGGUCGGUCAGAGAUCUGAAGAGUGAGAGUCUGGCCAGUCUCCUGAUCAGUGCCCUUCAAUUAGAGGUCCAGCCUGGAUCUACUCAGAUCUGCUUUUUACAAGGUGGAUUUGAUGGAUUCUUUUCACAUUACCCAGAGCUUUGUUUUAACCUUCCGGUCAUGUGUUCAAAUCAUCCUGCUCUCAGUGACCCGGAGCCCAUCGUGUCAGGAAGAAAGACUCCUCUCUAUGAUCAGGGCGGUCCAGUUGAGCUCCUUCCCUUCCUCUUUCUGGGCAGCGCUCAUCACUCGUCCAGAAGGGAAACUCUGGAGCGAUGUGGGAUUACGGCUGUUCUUAACGUUUCCUCCUCCUGUCCAAACCUGUUCGAGGAAGAACUUCAGUACAAGACGCUAAAGGUCGAAGACAGUCUAGCUGCAGAUAUACGUGUGCUCUUUCCUGAAGCAAUCCAUUUCAUUGAGUCGGUUAAAGAAAGUGGUGGCCGAGUGUUGGUCCACUGUCAGGCAGGGAUCUCCAGGUCAGCGACCAUCUGCCUGGCAUACCUGAUACAUGCCCGCCGUGUCCGCCUUGACGAGGCUUUUGACUUUGUGAAACGCCGCAGACAAGUCAUCUCACCCAACCUGGCUUUCAUGGGCCAACUGCUGCAGUUCGAGACAGACGUUCUGUGCCCUUUUUCUGUACUAGACCGAGAAAACAGCGCUGCUGCAUUCUAGUGUCUGUGUACGGAUUGAAGAAAUCUUGAACUGGCCUCCAUUGAUCUGUGACAGAACAUUAUAAACUUGAAACUUUGUCCAGAAGACAAAAGAAGAUCUACUGGUUGUGGUCCACAGCUUGGAUAUCAGAGACUGUGAAAGAUCUGUAAAGGUGCUUUUGUGUGUUGCGUGAUGUGAGUUCAGGUGACGUCUCUAAUCCUAUGGGUAUACAAUGAUUUUAAUGCCUUAAGGUCUUUUAUCAGCUCACACUUAAUAUACCGACCAAAAAAGAGGUGUAAAGCCAUUCUUCUUUUUCACGUUUUAAAUUAACACAACGGUUGAAGUCAGCUCUUAAAAGCUGCGGUCGUAGAUGACAUCCGCCGACUGCCUUUACUUGAUUGUUUAUGGCAAUACACAAACUAUAUAUAGCCGAAUGCCUGUCUGUUUCCAAACAAUAAUAAUGGCAUCACUGACACAUUCAAUGACAACACUGCUACACCCAAUAACCAUCAUGGAAAAUACAAAGGUUGUGUAUGUGUAAAUCUUGACUCAAUGCUAUUGUCUUUUUUUACAUUGACAUAAUCGUCCAGGAGCUUUCAGACAAUCAAACCAACAACCAAACCUCAACUGACAGCUUUAAAACUGGAAAUAAUAAAGCAUUGACAUUUUUAGCCUAGGAUGUAUGUCUACAAUACAAUCAUUUUAUUGCAUCAGUCAAUGUUCCGUCUGACUGCACUGAGUGAUUCUGUGACUAUAUUUGGUGGUGGUGAUGUGUGGUUAGUUUGGUUCUGUUGUAAAUGUCAAGUUUUUCCAUUAUGUUAUUGUCUAAUUGUUAGUCUGAAACAAAGUUUUAAAGGGCAAAGACCUGCCAAACUGUGAUUUUAGGUCAUUUUAAAAAGUGAAUUGUGUGACAACAGGCACAAAAGCUUGUUUUCUAAUAGAAGUAUAUAUAUAUUUUGUAUAUUUAAGUAUUAUUUUAUUUUCCUUUUUGUGAAUUUGUAUCAAUAUUUAUUUAACUAUUUUCUUUCAAGCCAUGCACUUUAAAUGUUGAGUUUUUAUAACAAUAUAUUUUUUAGACUGUUCACUUAUUUUAAAAUGUAAAUAUAUACAUUUUAAUUCAGAAUUCA